CCUGGCAAAGCUCAGCCCCUCCGAGGGGGAUCCAGGGCUGCUCGGGAUUCCUGAUGAGGGGACUGCUGGAGUGAGGUCUGGGGAACACGCGCUGUGUGACACCCCCUCGCGUCCCUUUUUCCUGUCUCUGCAUCACUCCAGUGCACAGAAGCACAGGCAACGGUCACAAACGUGUUCACUAUCACUCCAGUGCACAGAAGCACAGGCAAUGGUCACAAAUGUGUUCACUAUCACUCCAGUGCACAGAAGCACGGGCAAUGGUCACAAACAUGAUCACUGUGUGGCACAAGGUGCAGCCUGGUUCCCACACACAGCUCGGCUGCAUCGACUUGUGCCUUUUCCCCCAGAAAUAUAAUAUUUAAAGCAAAAAGCAUUUGUACCCACCACCCACCCAACCCCCUGAACCCUUUCCCUGCCCAGGAGGAGCUGGGGAGGCUCUUGGGCUGGGGCGGAACACUGGGAGCCCCAACAUUCCUUCCUGGGACACCCCAAAGAGUCCUUAGUUACCAACGGUCAGAGCGACCACGGUGCUCCCAGCAUACGGCUCCCGGUUUCCCCCGGUCCUGCGGCUGCUACAGCCAUUUGUGCUGGCCCAAAACUUCUUUCCCGCAGGUAAGAGCCCACCCCGACCCCUGCAGCCCGGGCGCUCAUGGGGACAAGAGCGGAGGCGAGCGCCGGCCAUGGCUCCUGUCUCUCUCGCAGGCUCAGCCCCGCUGUGCCCACCGACCAUGCAGCAGCAGCCCCUCCCUGCAGCCUGGGCGCCCCCCCAGGCCCCACCAGCAGGGCUGCUGAGGGCACCAUGUGGCUGCUACUUCGACCCCAGGGUGUUCCGCGUUCAAUGGAUGGUCCCAUAUAACCACCAGGGCACAGCGGUGGCCGCAGCCACUCCGGUGCUGCCACCUCACGUCUACCAGCAGCUUGUGAGACAAUUUGCACGUCUAACCAUCUCCAGCAAGGCCACCGCUGCAGGGACAACUCCAGCCGACCAUGCCCGCCCCAGCUGCUCGGCUGCACCAAAGAACAAAGCCACUGGGGACCCCAGAAGCCACGUUGCCAUCCCCAAGAAGACCAUCGUACAAGAUGCCCGACGCAAGAAAGAACUCAGCAGCAUCCCCAAGCCUGAUGAGACGGGGUGCAAACGCAGGCACGAACAGGGGCACAGCCCCGAGCCCCCCAGCAAGCGCAGCACAGGGACGGAGCUGCCGCAGUCCCAGGCUGCCCCGGCAGAGCAGCGGGGCCGCAAACGGGGCCAUGAAUGGGGGCACAGCCCCGAGUCUGAGUCCCCCAGCAAGCGCAGCGCAGACGUGGAGCUGCUGUGGUCCCAGGCUGCAACAGCAGAGCAGCGGGGCCGCAAACGGGGCCACGAACGGGGGCACAGCCCCGAGUCUGAGCCCCCGAGCAAGCGUAGGAUGGGGGUGGCGGGGGGGGUUAGACCAAGAGCAGGGGAUGGGAUUCCGGGCGGGGUGGGGGUUGGAGGGGUUUGGGAGGACGCGAUGCUACAUUAG